CUGGAACUUUGCUCUGUGACCUUGGCUUGAGAUAGAUUGGAGUAACGUGUUGUCAGUAGGCCACAUAUAUACGCAAUUCAGCUUUGAAUAUAUCUAGGAAUAACAACAAUGGCAGAUAAAUACGCCAACGAAACAGCGGAAGAUUUUUCUUCCCGACUCUUUGGCUUCAUUAGUGGAGGAUUUACUGGACUUUCGAUCGCAUUAGGCGUCAAGAGUGGUCUUUUCGCCGUCCUCGUCGAUCACCAUGACAAACCAUUGACUUCGCAAGAGCUUGCUGAUGCAGCUGGGUUGAAAGAAAGGUAUGUUCGAGAAUGGCUGGGCGUGAUGACCACGGCCUUCAUCGUCGAUCUCGACCCUGUAACAGAGAGGUACCAUCUACCAACGCAUCGCGUCGACAGCUUUCGAUCAGGGACGAUGGCGGGUCAGGGGGCUGACUGCUCCAUAGGAAUACCCAUCAUUAGUGAGGUUUUCAACAAGAUGCUCGAAGUCGUCAAGAAAGACGGACCAAGAGGUUUGACAUUUUCAAUGACGCCAAAUUACACGAAUUCAACGAUAGUUAUGGCCUGCCGUGGUUCAACCACUGCUUCGUUCAGGAGUUCAUUCCAUCUCAACCCGAGAUCAAGGCAAGAUUGGAGAGAGGAAUUCGGAUGCUUGACGUCGGGUGUGGUCGCGGUGCUGCAAUGAAAAUGCUGGCCCAGAGUUUUCCCAACAGUCAUUUCGUCGGUCUUGACAUUGACCAGUGCAACGUGGAUUGGGCCUAUAAGGAUGUAGCCACGCUUGGUCUGAAGAACCUUGAGUACGUCUGCGCCGACGCCUCUGCGAUGCCUAACGACUGGACCUCGACUUUCGACUACGUUUUCUUCUUCAACCUCCUCCACGACACACCCCGACCUGACCUGAUCAUUGAUGACGUCAAGAGAGUGAUGAAGAAGGAUGGAAUCAUGUCGGUGAUCGAGCUGUAUGCUGAAUCGAAACACGCCGAUAACCUUGGAGAUCCGAACGCCUCGUUUAAUUACACCGACAGCUUGUUUUACUGUC